AUGGAUAUUAUCGGAGAUUAUGGGAAAGCGUCGUGGCAGGAGGUAAAUUUGGAGAAAUUAUCCAUCAUGUUUGGCAAAAAAGUACCCCCUGAAGUAAGGACUCAGAUAAAAGCUGUAAUGGGUAUCUCCAACGAGGGUGGUAUGGGUUCGUAUUUGGGUAUUCCGAAGAAUCUCCAGGGUUCAAAAACUAAGGUUUUCAGAUACAUUAAUGACCGUUUGGAUGAUCGUGUGAAUGGUUGGUCUACAAAGUUUUAUCGAAGGUUGCCAAUGGAGUUAACGCACUUAACGAAUGCUAUCUCAAAAUUUUGGUGGAAGUCUAAUGAUAAGGCACGGGUUUGCACUGAGUCGCUUGGGAUAGGUUGUGAAGGCAAUUUGGGCUUUCGUGCUCUGGAACAAUUCAAUGAUGCAAUGUUGGCCAAACAAUAUUUUCAAAAGAAACAUCCUCUACAGGCUAAGAAGCCUUAUUCCCCUUCGUUUGCUUGGCGGAGUAUCUUCUCAACUAAGAGUUUGGUGGAACAUGGAUCUCGGUGGGCGAUUGGGUCGGGAUGUAACGUCUCGGUGUGGCGAGAUCCGUGGAUUCCGGAUAUUCAGCCGAGACCAGCAAAUGGUCGAGGUCGGCAAUUACAUCCCAAUCUAAUGGUCAACCAUUUGAUUAAUCCAUCUACGAAGGAGUGGCAUAUGCCAAUCCUAGAGGAGUUUCUGGAUCCGGCAGAUAUACAAAUCAUUUUAUCUAUGGAGAUUAGUAAAUCCUUUAAACCGGAUAAACUGAUCUGGCAUUAUACUAAAUCUGGGAAAUAUUCGGUUAAAUCUGGUUACCGGCUCGCUCGUGAUUUAAUAAGAGAGGUAGAAUAUGGGCCGACGUGCACACCUCUUAGGGCUCCCCCAAAGAUCCAGCAGUUUUUUUGGCAGAUUGCUUCCGGCUCCCUCCCUGUGUUGGAACGCUUGGCUCAUCAGGGUGUCCGGUGUGAUCCUCUAUAUUUAUGCAUUGAUGGAUUCCCCUUUGGUUCUCUUUAUUCAAAUCUUGAUUUCCUUUUACGGGCGUCGUCCCAGUCGGCUGUCUCGGAUAUUAGUUCUCGCCUACCAUGGAUUGUUUGGUCUAUCUGGAAAGAUAGGAAUAAAAAAGUAUAUCAGGGUAUUGAGACAGAACCGGAUGAUGUUCUUAUUCAGGUUGCUAUUGAUAAGGCAUCAGAUCCUUUGGAAGGAUUAGGUUGGUGGUUCUGUAAUAGCGAGGAUGUAACGUUGUUAUUGGGAGCACGGAGUCAGCGUCGCGGUCCUUCACCUCUUCAUUCGGAGCUUCAAGCAUUGGUUUGGGCGAUGGCUUCCAUUUUAGCAUGUGGCGUUGACUGUCAGAUUUUUGAGAUGGAUUGUGGUGAAUUACUAGCGAUGGUGCAAUCCCCUGAUAAUUGGCCCGUUUUCUCCAAUCUGCUAGAUGAGUUCAGUUUACUUCGGUCCUCCUUUCCUUCCUUCAUGCUUUCGAGGAUAAUAUUUGGGCUGACUGUCUUGCUCGCUCUUCGAGAUCGUUAA